CAUAAAACUCCUGAUGAAGGAGCAAGCAGAGCUCAUCCCGGAAGCGCUGCUGGGCUCUCACCCUGCUGACCACUGACCACUCCUGUCCACUCCAGGAUGGCUGUGACACCCUCCACCCAUCCCCGUCGCCUCCUGCCCCUCUUCCUGGGGCUAUUCCAGGGUGCCCUGCUCCUCUUCUUUGCCCUCUUCGUCACCUAUGAUGAGCCCUCAGCGGAGGAUACCAACUUGGUGGCCAACCAGGUCUACAGCACCUUCCCCUUCUUCCAGGACAUCCAGGUGAUGCUGGUGGUGGGGCUGGGACUCCUGCUGACCUUCCUGCCCCGCUACGGGUUCAGCGCUCUCACCCACAACUUCCUCCUGCUCAACUUCUCCAUGCAGUGGGCGCUGGUGCUGCAGGGCCUGCUCCAGCACCUCCACCACGGCCAGAUCCACCUGGACCUCCACAAACUCCUCAUCUCUGAGUUCGCUGCUGUGACAGUGCUCAUCUCCGUGGGGGCCAUCCUGGGGAGGGCCAGCCCCUGCCAGCUGCUCGUCAUGGCCACCUGUGAAAUCCCCAUCUACCUCGCCAGCGAGUGGGUCAUUGUCACCUGUCUGGGUGUCCUGGAUGUGGGUGGCACCAUCACGAUCCACGUCUUCUCCUGCUAUUUCGGCCUUGGCGUGUCCAAGGCUCUGUUCAGGGCAACACAGCAGCCACUGCACCCCAAGGAGACCCCAACACCUAGCUCUGACCUCAUGUCCCUGGUGGGGACACUCAUCCUCUGGGUUUUCUGGCCCAGCUUCGUGGCUGUCUUGUGCCAGCCGGGUGAUGCCCAGCACCGUGCCAUCCUGAACACCCUCCUGGCCAUGAGUGCCAGUGCCAUAACCACCGUGGUGGCCUCCAGCCUGCUGGACAGGGACGGCAAGCUCAGCCUCGGCCACCUGCAGAACGGCAGCCUGGCCGGCGGGGUAGCCAUCGGCGCGGUGGCCGACAUGGCCAUGCCACCAGUGGCCGCCCUUGCCCUGGGCAGCCUCUCGGCCGUGCUGUGUGUCCUCGGCUUCAGGUUCCUCACCCCGCUCCUGGGGAGGAAGCUCACACUCCUCGACCAGUGUGGCAUCCACAACCUGCACGGCUUGCCCGGCAUCCUGGGCGCGGCAGCCAGCGUCCUGGCCGUGCUGGUGGCAUCCAAGGACACCUCCGGGUCCCAGCCCUCCCAGCUGUCCCCUGCUGGGGGCAAUGCCAGCUCGGUGCUGGAGGGGCAGAGAGGGGCCGGCGGGGCGGGCGGGCAGGCGCUGUGCCAGGCGGCGGGGCUGGCGGUGGCCGCCGGUGGCUCGCUGCUCGCCGGGCUCCUCACCGGAGCCGCCCUCCGGCUGCCCUGCCUGGCCCGGCCGCCCGAGCGCCUCUGCUUCGAUGACUCGCUGUAUUUUAAGAUCCAGGAUCAGGCUGAGAGCCCGGGGCCGGACAGCAGCGCUGAGGAAGGAGCGCUGGCUCUGAAGGAGCAGGUUUAGGCAGUGGCGUGCAGCAGAAGCAGGGAGGGGAAUGUUAGCGGCAGGAUCAGCAGGCAGGAGAUACUGCCUGCACUCGCUCCUGCCCCAUGCCUGGCUCCAGCUGUCGAAGAUACUGUCAUAGCUGGGUCAGCACCACAGCACUGAUCGCCUCUCCGUCCUCCCACCCUGCAGCUGCACCCCUCCUCCCGGGUCCCAGUGGCUCCCAGCACCCUGCAGCCGCCAGAGAAAUGACCUGCUCAGGGUGCCUCCCCCAGAAUGGUCAAUAGCCCCUCACAAACCCAGACGGUCGCUCUGCAGGGCACUGGCUUCGGCUGCUUCGCUCUCAGCCAGCAGCAGCAUCACCCUCAGUGCUCACCCCGACCCUCGGCUCCAGAUUCCCCUGCCCACAACGGGCAGCGCCUGGAGGAGGCCGCCAGCUCAGGCCACAGCUACAGGAAAGGAGCUCAGUAUCCUUGCCCGGAGCGUGAAACUGGCAGCAGGGAAAUGGCCCCAAGCAAAGGACUUUACAGGGAUUUGAUAAUCUGAGCUGGGCAAUUCACCCUCCAGGAGAGUUUGCAAAGGGAAGCGCCAACUCUUUUUACCCUGGUGCAGCAAUGAGGAUGCAGCUCAAGCACGGCGAGGAGCCUCGGAGAGAGCCGGCAUGCAGGCGGCCCCCGCAGCCCGCAGCACCCUCAUCCCACCCCGAAGUUGGAGCUGGGAAAGCUGCGCCAGCAUCCCAGGAAGAGCAGUGGCCCCAUCCCAUCCCACCACGGGCAGCGAGCCGCUUCCACCCUGCGGAGGACAAAGCCUGCGGUCCAUGGCUGGCAUGCGGCAAGCUGGGAGCGCGGGGCCGCAUCCUGCCCGGAGAGCGAGGGCUGUGAUUCACAUCCCCCCUGCCAUGAAUCACCGCUGCCCCUGCGCCCCCACGGAUCCCGCUGCUGCCGAGACAAUGCGGGCGAUGCUCGUGGGCUCCCGAGGGGGUCGAGGCCACCGAGCCCCCCAGCGCUGGCUGCAGGAGUGGGGGGCUGUCGGCGCGGCUGGGGGUCCCCAGCCCUGAGCGGGUGGGAGAGGGGCUGGAUCCCUUCCACCCGGUGCAGCCCCAGGCGGAGCCAACACCAAGAGGGAGAGAGGCUGGGGAAUUCGCCCUCCAAUAAUCACAAACAGGCUUGGGGGCCCGGGUGUGUUUGGUUAAUUGUUAGAAUAAAAUAUCGCCGAGCUCUGACAAAGAAAUCUUGCCCCGCAGCCCGGC